AUGAGGAGAAUGGGUUCAAGCUUCCACCCCACGCCCGCCACUACACCCAUCCAUUGCUACCUCUGUCUCCAUGUCUUUGAGUUUUUGACGUUCCAUCCAGUAAAAUCACAGGAUAGCCAGUAUCUCUUCCCCUUGAAGCCCUCACCGGGGAAGAGACGAUACUUAGGCCCGCCAUCUCGAGCACCACUACUAGCAGGCAACUACGCCCAAGCAAGAAACUUCAUGCUCCAACAAAUAGUACCUCUAUCAAAGAAAAACGGAGUGGACCCAACCAGACAUUCGCGUACAUACCCUUUCCCAUCAUACCGCAUUCAUCCCUAUUUGGGAGAACAGAUCACCAAGGCAGCAUUGUCUUCUCAGAAUACCAGUGUCAAGGCCUAA